AUGCGUGUCACGCGGUUCUCACGUGUAGCAUCCGAAACUAACGCCGACGUGUUCCGCGACCCGGACACCGGGUUCACGUUCUCGCAGUACAACGCACAGAUCACGACGGGCACAUCAGCUAUCACCUUUCGCGUCGCGAUUCCGAGCCCGGCUACCUCCGGCCAGCCCUACGAUGUCGUGCUCCAGGUUGUCGCCCCGGUGGCUGCCGGUUGGGUUGGUGUCGCUUGGGGCGGCUCGAUGACGAACAACCCCUUACUGAUCGGUUGGGCCAACGGAGCUAGUGCGAUGACAUCCAUCCGUCGCGCUACCUCGCACACGGCACCGACAGCGUACACCGGCGCCACGCUGCAGCUGCUGUCGAAGGGUAGCAAGACCAAUGCCACCCACUGGCAGUUCACGGCCAAAUGCACGGGCUGCACGCAAUUUACAACGACGGGCACGACGACCAAGAGCCUAAACCCGGCAGGCAGCAACAGGCUCGCGUUCGCGUACGCUAAAACUAAGCCCAGCCAGCCGUCGUCCGAGUCUAGCCCAAUCAAUGUUCACGACCUGUUCAACUACUGGGACCACGACUUUGCGUCAGCCGGGAACGCAGAGUUCCAGGACCUCGUGGAUCGGAACUUGUGAAAAUUCAUCGCUUAAUUACAUGCCACCAAAACAAUUAAAACUGAGCAGAGGUGCUAUGUCCUGAAGUGGGGGCGAAUAGGGGACUGCAGGUGUUCUGAGAAUGGAUGGGAGAUGAGGCACUCCAAGUGAUUUCUACUGUCCUUUCCGAUCAGAUACCGUUCACGAUGUAUAUAAAUAGAGUGUCUAUGCGAUAGGUACCUGAGAGAAACAUAGUGUCUUCAAAUUGGCUCAAUUUGGUUCAAUUUGACGUUUUACUUCUGACGUUCGAUGUAUUCAGUACCUGACUCAUGCUUGGGUGCUUGCCUCUGUCGCAUUAAACAGAAGUCAUCUACUAGGUAGAUGUUACAUGGUGUCAAGUCGAAAUUACAUAACACUUUUUUCUUUAAAGAACGAUGUCGCGAUCUGGUUUUCGAAGUGCAAUGCACAUUCCUCGUUAGAUAGUAGGCAGAUAGUCAGGUAAGUAAAAACA